GUUAUAUUGUUUGCGAAACCUUGCCGGUCGUACUGAAGUUUUUGGACCACUGUCAAAAGCUUCCGUAGGAUUUUUACGGCAGCCGUUAAUUGUACGUGUAGCUAAAGCAGCUAAAGGUAGUUCAAGUGACCAAGUUCGUAAGCAAGCUGAAAAGGAAAUGCAAUCAUUUUGGGAAAAAAAUGUGAAGGAAAGAAGACCAUGGUCUCCUCAUCUCCAGAUUUACUCUGCGCCACUAGUGAUGAGAUUCUCUUUUCUCCAUCGAGCGACGGGUAUUGCUAUGGCUAUCG